GAGAGCGAUGCGUCGUACUUUGCUUCGUAUUCGCGGCUGGCCAUCCACGAGGAGAUGCUCUCGGACGCCGUCCGCACCGACGGCUACCGGCACGCCAUCGAGAGCAACGGUGGCUUGCUGCAGGGCAAGGUCGUGCUCGACGUCGGCUGCGGCUCCGGCGUCCCCUCCAUGCUCAUUGGGAAUCGAGAGAGCGCAGCCUGCAUCCUCUCCAUGUUCGCCGCGCGGGCGGGCGCGAGGCUUGCCAUCGGGGUCGACGCCUCGGACAUCAUCGAGCAGGCGCGCGCCGUGGUGGCGCAUAACCAGCUGGCGGACCGCGUGCAGCUGCACCACUCCUUGUCAAUUGCUUCUAAGGCGCUCGAUCUGCCGGCGCCGUUGGAGAGAGUGGACUUCCUCGUGAGCGAGUGGAUGGGGUACGGGCUGCUCUACGAGUCGAUGCUGCCCACGCUCAUCCACGCGCGCGACCGCUUCCUCGCGCCCGGCGGUGCGGUGCUGCCGUCGGCGUGUUCGCUGCUGCUCGUGGGGUCGAGCCACAACCGACUCGCCUUCUUCGACGACGUGUACGGCUUGUCCCCUCCUAGAAGCGGAAUGCGCCUUCUUGUCUUCCAACUCGCGCUCGAGAGGGCACGUGUGCUCACGGAUGAGGCCACGCUGCGAACGUUUGCGAUGCUGACUGUGACGGACGCAGACCUCGAUUUCACCGCUCCGUUUGCGCUGACCGCGCACACCGCCGGCGAGCCGCGCUGCUUGUUGCGCAGCCUCGUGCUCCACUUUGACACCGACUUUGACCUCACCGCGCACGGAGGGACCUCUUCCCGCUUCCGCACGUCGCCCGGCUCGCCGCCGACACACUGGAAGCAGACGGUCCUCUACUUGCGCCGGCCGCUGCCCCUCGCCGCGGGCGCGCGCGUCGAGGGGACGCUCUCGCUCUCGCGCAACGGCAACUACGAGCGCGGGUAUGACAUC